AAGGCCCCGCCCGCCCGGCCGAGUGGCGCGCAUCCGGAGCAGCAUCUCUCCUCCGCCGGCAGCUUUAGCAGCCUGACCCACCACCUCGGUGCUGGAGCUCCAGGACCAGUGUGCCCGGAAGAUGAGCUCCUUAACUGCAGGAUAAUCCCCUUGGCAAGAGUUGCAAAACAGACUUAGUUUCAAGCGAGGAGGUGGAGGAGGGCAUUGGAAUCUGGAUCAAACUCCUUCCCCAGCGGCACUGAGAGUGGAUUUUGCUGAGCCCUCCUCUUCCCGUAGCCCUGCCCCUCCCACAGCGCGCAGGCUAGGCAAGGCUGUCUAUUCUCAGCCCCGCUGUGUGGAGAGAACGGGAGUGGGAGUCCGCCUCGGCUUUUUGGCAGAGACGAAGGGGAUAGUGAAAAUACUUUUUAAAAAGCAACUCGGAGGUCCAUGGGGCAGUAUGUCUUCAGGAGGCUACACUUACCAACAAACGACCUUUGUCUGUGUCAAGGCAAAGAUUGUCCCACACAACCAGAUAAACUCCAAAAUGGGAACCUCUGUCAAGGAUCAGCUGAUUCUGAAUGUUUUAAAGGAAGAACAGGUCCCCCAUAACAAGAUCACUGUUGUUGGGGUUGGUGCAGUUGGUAUGGCAUGUGCCAUCAGUAUCUUAAUGAAGGAUUUGGCUGAUGAAGUUGCCCUAGUUGAUGUCAUAGAAGACAAACUAAAGGGAGAGAUGAUGGAUCUCCAGCAUGGCAGCCUUUUCCUCAAAACACCAAAGAUUGUUUCUGGCAAAGACUACAGUGUAACUGCAAACUCAAAGCUGGUCAUUGUUACUGCUGGGGCACGACAACAAGAGGGAGAAAGUCGUCUUAACUUGGUUCAGCGUAAUGUGAAUAUCUUUAAAUUCAUCAUUCCCAAUAUUGUUAAAUACAGCCCUGAUUGCAAGCUACUUAUUGUUUCCAAUCCAGUGGAUAUUUUGACAUAUGUGGCCUGGAAGCUAAGUGGCUUUCCAAAAAAUCGUGUCAUUGGAAGUGGUUGCAAUCUGGAUUCUGCUCGUUUCCGUUACCUAAUGGGGGAGAGACUUGGUGUCCAUUCUUCAAGUUGCCAUGGCUGGGUCCUUGGGGAACAUGGAGACUCCAGUGUUCCUGUUUGGAGUGGUGUGAAUGUUGCGGGUGUGUCCCUGAAGAAUCUUUACCCUGCUUUGGGAACUGAUUCUGAUGCAGAAAAUUGGAAAGAAGUUCAUAAACAAGUGGUUGAAAGUGCUUAUGAGGUGAUCAAGCUGAAGGGCUACACUUCCUGGGCCAUUGGCUUGUCUGUGGCAGAUCUGUCAGAAAGCAUCAUGAAGAAUCUUAGGAGAGUGCAUCCAAUUUCCACCAUGAUUAAGGGCUUAUAUGGCAUUAAAGAAGAUGUCUUCCUUAGUGUCCCAUGUGUCUUGGGGCAGAAUGGCAUUUCAGAUGUGGUGAUGGUAAACCUGAACACAGAGGAGGAGGCCCGUUUGAAGAAGAGUGCAGAUACCCUUUGGGGAAUCCAGAAGGAACUGCAGUUCUAGAGGUUCUUCAUGUGUUGUUGCUAGACUGUCUAAAAAAGGUGACAGUGGUUAAGGGAUGAUGUAUGAUGCGCUUUUCAAGUAGGUCAAAUCCUUUGAGUGAUUGAACACCGGAAAUAUAAAACAUAGGAACACUCUAGUCUAGAAAUGGGGGAUGGUACAAUGUGACUGCUCUGUUAAACCCUGUUUGUGUAUGAUGCUGGAUGUGACUUGUACAGUCUUGAAGUAGUUGCAGAACCAGCACCCCACACUUAAGAUUAACUGCCUGCCUUGUAGGGGCUACGCGUUGGUGUAGGUCCAGAAGACGGCACUCAUAUACAAUAUGUGGAUACAAAAUACCAUACAGUAGUAAUACUUUAUUCAUGCAUUGAUUACCUUUGUGCUGCCCUGAAUUGGGGCUCUGCAGCAUGGCCCCAUGUAUCACCUUUCCAGAGGACCUGAUUUUGUCUACCUAUACAUAUAUCAAUAGUUGUAAAUUUCCAUAUUAUAAUAUAAAAAGAUCUAUAAAUGUACAAUGAUGCAACCAAAUUGUCAAGUGUCAUACUAACCCAAAUACUGAAUAAAUAACAAAAAUAAAUA